UACCCUCUGACCGACUCCUCGCACGCACGCAAGUACCCAACCGCGACCUACCUGCUCCUCUCCCCUCUCCCCUCUCCCCUCUCCCCACCUCGCCGCCGCCUCUCCCGCUUCCGGCGGCCACCGCGCCCAUUGUGACCGCGCGGGGCACGGAGCGACCGGGCUGGUCUAGGGCCCUUCCCUUCGGAACUCCACCAAGAAGCAGAGGGGGCGGGGCGCCAGCUUUCUUGGAUCGAUUGCUCCCGAGCUGACAAAGCAGAGGAUUACUCGUCCCGUGCGGCUGCCAUGUCUGUGGAGCUCAUCCUGUGGCUCUUCUCCUUCGCCUCCGUCAUGGUCCUCAUCGGCCUCACCGCAUACCAGCUUAUCUGUUUGUCUGAUUUGGAGUAUGACUAUAUCAACCCAUAUGAUUCAUCAUCUCGCAUCAAUGCGGUGGUCCUUAUAGAAUACUUACUUCAAGCAGCCCUGUGUGCUUCAUUCCUCUUGACGCUACAUUGGUUCCCCUUUUUAGUCAUGGCACCUGUAACUUACUACCAUGUGAAACUGUUCAUGGCUCGGAAACAUCUGGUAGAUGUCACUGAAAUUUUUAGACAAUUAAAUGGCGAGAAGAAGUACAGGAUGAUCAAGCUUGGCUUCUACUUCUGCCUAUUUAUUAUUACUAUUUACAGCCUUGUGAUGACAGCUGUGAUGCUGUUUAUUGACGAGGAUGUAAAUCUGGUAGAAACUAGGACUAUCUAGACUUUGCCUCCAACUUGUCUCAGCUCACAGGGGAGCAGACCUGCAGUCUUCAAAAGGAAGCCCAGAAGAACACAAUUGGGAGGAACCAGUGAGACCAUAACUGAAUGCCUUGCCCAAGCUAUGAGAUGAAGAUCAACUCGUGCCCAAUAGCUGGAGCUAAUCUGAUGUCUCAGAUUCUCAGUGUUCAUUUUUAUCCAUCAAACAGAACUGACAAAUCUGUUGUAGUAUGAAUUUCACUAGUUUGGUCUGUCAGGUCCGUAUUUGUAAAUUGGGCUGGCAAUGAUGCAUAUCACCAUACAAUGAUCACACGAUGGGGACUUCAGAGGCUAUUGCCUAUUGGCUUGUGCAUUUCUUUUGAACUUGCAUCCAAGUGCUGCUGUUGUAUUUCAUUUCAGCUCCACGUUGUCUGUGCAUGACUGAUGAUAAACUGUAGUGUUCAUUUACAAGAUUCAGUAA